AUGGCAUCAUCCAGUGAAAAUGAUGACACUAGUUCAACCGAUGAUAAUGAAGAUCUAGUCUUUUAUGAUGCUAAUAGUAGUUGGACUAACGUUGAAGUAAACCCACCUUUUCCAUCAGAUUCAAGGUGGGCAUUACUAUCAAAAAAUGACCCACCGAAAAAAUCUGAACAGUUUUGUACAAUUACAUUAACUGAAAGUCAAUUAAAUGACAUAGCAAGAAGAGAUAAACUUCAACGACUGCGUGCUCAAGAAGAUCAUGUUAAUCGAAAUAAUGAAAAUCCAAUAGUUACCAUAAUUUCAUCUCCUAUCGAGUCAAAUUCUAUAUUAUCAUCAACAACACUGUCAUCUAUUCAAUCAAAUCAAAUAGAAGAACAGCAAUCCAUUAAUGAAAAUGAAUCAUCAGGGUCAGAUCUUCUUAAAGACCAUAUUGAUAGUGAUCAUGUUCGUCGACAAAAAAUGGUUUCAUUAUUAUCUGUAACAAAACAAACUCUAAUCAACUCAUCCCCGAUAGCACAGUCGUAUCAACAGCAACGUUCAUUACCAUAUCCAACAUUACCUGUGGCUACAUCAACUCGUAACGGUGAUGGGUAUUUUUCAAGACUAACAAAUUUAUCUGCUAUUAGUGAACCAAAUAUUGUUGAUUUAAGCCUCGUUGAUUGUAUGAAAAAAAUUGGUGAAUUCUCAUCAAAUCAUCAAAAAUUCAAUGAAAAUCAACGACUUCGAAAAUCAGUACUACACAAUCUUGAUAAUGGUAAAUACAUUACAUUAAGUGACGCCAAUCCAAUGACACAAACAAUAUUGGAACGUGUUCAUGGUAGUAAUAGUAUGAUAACAUUACGUCAGAAUUCGAUAUUAAAUAAUAAUAAUAUUCGACAAAAUCCAUCCGAUAGUAAUAGUUUAAAUGGCACAAAUAAUUUAGAAACAAGUAUUCCACGUCAAAGACAUAAAUCUAAUGGUGACGAAGAUGAUGAUAAUGAGUCAACAUCAUCAGAAUCUUCAAGUACAAAAUCAAGUCAUACAAUAGCUAUUUCACUAUCAUCAUCCCCAAUAAAUAAAUCAUCAGCAGCGGCUUUACGUGUAGCAACAUCAUUAUUUCAUGAUGGUAAACGACAGUUAUCGAGAUUAGUUAAUCGAAGUUUUCUACGGAAAAACGGAAAAAAAUUUCUUCAUGGACACAAUGAUGUUGUUGACAUGGAUGAAGAAGAAGAGGAUGGUGAAAGAUUGUUAAUUAAUGAUGGUUCAAAUGGUGAUCUUAAAUAUAAAUCAUCAAGAAAUUUAAAAGAACAACCACAAUUUGAUAAAACACAAUUAUUACAAACAAUUGUUAAUGCUCACAAUGGACCUAUUUGGUGUAUGAAAUUUUCACCUGAUGGUCAACUUCUUGCAACCGGUGGUCAAGAUAGUUUACUUAAAGUUUGGGUACUUAAAUCAGCACAACCUCAUUUCGAUGAUUUUUCACGUAUGACAGCAGAUCCGUCGAAGCAACAAAAUGAAAUUUUAACAAGAAGAUUUCAUGAAUUUCAUCAAACAAUAUCAUCUGAAUCAAUAACACCUACAAUUAAUUCAAAACUUGGCCUGAACGAAAUGCAAGCUCCACUUUAUCCACGGCCGUUUUGUCAACUUAUUGGUCAUCAAGCCCCUGUACUUGAUGUUGCUUGGUCAAAAUCUUUAUUUCUUCUUUCAUCAUCCAUGGAUAAAACUGUUCGAUUGUGGCAUUUAAGUCGACUUGAAUGUUUAUGUUUUUUUCGUCACGUUGAUUUUGUCUCAGCCAUUGCAUUUCAUCCACGCGAUGAUCGAUAUUUUGUAUCAGCAAGUUUAGAUGGGCAUGUUCGCCUAUGGAAUAUUCCCGAUAAACGUGUUGUUUAUUGGACUUUGAUUCCUGCUCAAGCAUCAUCACAAAUAAGUGCCGCUCAAGCAAAUUUAAUUACAGCUGUUAAUUUUUGCGAUGAUGGUCGUAAAGUAAUUGUUGGAACAUUCGAUGGUCGAUUUUUACUCUAUACCGAUUCAUUACAAUAUGACACUGUAAUGAAUAUUGGUGAUAAACAUGGUAGUAGAAAUCAUCGAUCGAGAAAAAAACGUCGAAAACCAUAUAAAAUUACUGGUAUUGAAUCCAUGAAUUCAAACAGUUCAAAGGUUUUAAUCACAUCCAAUGAUUCUCGAAUACGUUUAUAUGAUAUUCGAACAAAAGAGAUUGAACUUAAAUAUCGUGGCUAUUCAAAUCAGUCAAGUCAAAUUCGAGCAUCAUUUAGUCAUGAUGAUAGAUAUAUAAUAAGUGGAAGUGAAGAUAGUUGGUUUUAUAUAUGGAGAACUGAGCCAAGUAGUAUAAUGAAUUCUAAUGGCAGUAGUACAACUGAUGCUAAAUUAACAAGAAAGCAACGACGUCAUUUUGAUCGUGUCUUUGAACGUAUUCGAGUUCAUAAUACUAUGGUAACAUCUGCAAUAUUUGCACCGAAUCCGAAUUCAAUUAUGGAUCAUCUUUAUUCAUCAAAUUUACCAUUAACCAGUGAUAGUUUAUCUCAAACAAAUCGUUCUAAUAAUUCUAAUAAUCUACCACGUUCUGCGUCGACAACAAUAUCUACAGCAACACCCAUUGUUAACAGUAGUCGAGCACGUUUUAUCUGCGUACAUGCAGCAUCAAGUCCGCUAGAAAUAUCUACUACAACGAAUAAUAAUGGACCUAUUUAUGUUAUGGUUACUGCUGAUUCAAAAGGACAACUGAAGUUACUAGUCAAUCGAUUUCAUCGCUAA